AGAGAGAGAGAGAGAGAGAGAGAGAGAGAGAGAGAGAGAGAGAGAGAGAGAGAGAGAGAGAGAGAGAGAGAGAGAGAGAGAGAGAGAGAGAGAGAGAGAGAGAGAGAGAGAGAGAGAGAGAGAGAGAGAGAGAGAGAGAGAGCGGUACUAGUUUAUGUGUGUGUGAGUCAACAAACAGCAUCACACCAUAAUUUUACUCAAGUGUUGCUGCACCACUCAGAGUCUUGUGCCAUUGUACCUUUCAGAAUAUGCAGCAAUUUUUAAUGGUUCCUGUUUCAUAAACUUGCUUACUUUACUUUGCAUUUGUGACCUAAUUUGCAGUCAUGGUAAAAGUCUGUUUAUCCAAAUCCACUGGUCUGAAAAUCCCAAUAGCCUGAAAUCGUGAAGCAGGAUAUUGUAUGUAAUCUGACCGUACUCAGUGGGUGUGUACAUGAUUACAGUGCUUUAGGCUGCCAUUUAAAGGUACAGUUGAGGGCAUAGGCUAAGCUGUGCAUGGUCUCUGUGCUCAUCUCUCUCCCAUUGGCCCUUGAGCCUCUGGUGAUAGCGUGAAAAAUUUGCUAAUUCAGACGCGCAGGUCAGGUGCUAUUUGGAUCAGUGGACUUUUACCUUAUUACUUAUUUUCUUUCUCAUCUCUACUUUAAUGUUCAACUUUUUUUUCUUUACCACCAUACCACCACUACAUAUAAAUCCUUCUUACUUAUUGAAAUUAAAAAUAACUUCUUUCUCUUAUUCACCUGGAGGUUUGAGAUUUCUGACAGUAAUUGAUCAUCUUUUUGUUCUCUCCUUUGACUGAAUCUGUGAGACUUAACUUUUCUAUUUCAUUUAUCACUUGAAAUUAAUGCUUAUGUUUAAUACUAAAUACUCCAAUAACUUGACUAUAAUUUUGAUCUAUUUUACAAUCUUUUCUUCCUCCACUGCAUGAUUUAUUUAUUUAUUUUUUAUUUUUAUUUUUUUUCUCCUGACCUCUCACCUUGAUUCCCAUAGCAGCACAAACACUAACUGGAGUCCUGCUUAACAAGUGGGUAUGUGUGUGAGGUAAAUAGUUCUUGGCCAGUAAACAAUAGCUUUUGGCCAGUAAACAAUAGCUUUAAAAGACUAUUGGAAUGUUUAAGGUGUGAAAACAGGUGAAUGUGUUCAUGGGGAAUAUCCUCUAUGUGUUGCUGGAUAUGGCUUAUUUCUAAAGUAUUCACCCACUCAUACAUGUAUCAUGGGUUGGUUAUGAAUAAGUUUCCUUUUACAAAUGCAUCAUCUGCUCUGACAGUGUGAGAAUCAAGUGUCUACCCACAAAUACCUGUAUACAAGAUUGAUUUGGUUGUGGAUUAGCAUUUCUCCUCAAAAUGUAUCAGAUAUUGAAAGGAAUGAGAGGCAGUUUUGUUUGUUUCAUAUAUCAUUAGAAUUGUUUGUCAAAAGAUUCUUCCCAUAUACACACACAUACAAGAUAGAUUUUUUUAACAUCUGCUUUUGAAGAAAUUAAGGGACUGCCUUAUUUAACUGCUUUAUGUAUCAUUGGAAAUACUCAUGAUGCCAGUGAAGGGAGUCUACCAAAACUUACACAUACAAGAUAGGCAGAUGCUUGGAGAUUGUUUAUUUUCUUUUUUAAACAACCUAAUUUUAAAAUUAUUGAGACAAGACAUUAUUCAACUGUUACAGAUAUCAUUGGAAAUAGUCAUCAUGUAAGUCAAGUCUACCCUUACAUACAUUAUACAAGAUUAUCAGGUGGUUGUGGGUUUUUAUUCUUCAAAUAUAUUGCUUUUGAAAUUACUAAAAAAAACUUCAUCUUUUCUUUGAGACAUUAAUAGAAGUCCUCAUCAUACUGGUCUAUGGUAGGCUAAAGACAUACACAAUUCAGCGUGCAAUUUGUAUUACUUGUCAGUAUUUGAGAGCCCAAUCAGCCAUCAAGUGUCAUGAAUUGUAUUAAAUGCUGCAGAGUUUAAGCUCAUAUGGGAUCUCAAAGAAUAGAUAUUCAUUCAUGCCACAAUUUGCUGUCAUUGGCAUUCAUUUUCCAUCAGAGUGAAUAAGUCUUAAUCAGCCACAUUUCAUUGCAUUUGAUGGCAGUUUUUGUACCAACUUGCAAGACGCCACAAUUCUUACUACUUCUAUGUGUUGCAUACAUACAAGAUCACGGCCGUGGAGCCUGUGGUGUAGCUCUGUUUAAUAUAGGGUGUGUUUGCCAAUUCUGACACAAAUUAACACUUGGUAUUUGCAUAAGGGGAUUAAACUAUAAGAAAAUUGAGCCAAGGUAAAAAAUGAAGCCUUGUCUUGAGUUUGAGAAUCUGUUCCCACUCUGACCAUUUUUACACCCCAACUAAACUUUUCAGAGUAUUUUUUUCUUCUGAUCUGAGUACUAAAUGGAAGGGUAUGUGCAAAUUGGCAAACACCCUAGCAUAGGGAAGACAUCCACAGUGUGUGAUAUACCUAAGUAUCCAGCAUAAGAUGUUUGCCAAUUUGUACUCACUAUUCCAAGUAGCACAAUGUCAGUUAAAAACUGUUUCUUGGAAAACUGAAUUCAGGAUAAAUACUAAGUGCUGUGAGAUAAAGACAUGCUUCAUUUUGACAGUAAAGUUCACUUCACACCAGGUCUUCUUUCAUAGUACAGUACAAGUCCACUUAACUUAGUCUGAAUCCCAGUGGCUCAAAAAAUCCCAAUAAUCUAAAUAUGUAAAGACAGGAAAUUAUAAACUGGAACUGCUGUCUGAAUUCUUAAGUACAGGAAAUUGCAAAAGAUAAAGUAGCUAUACCAUACAUCCACAAUCUGUACGGUGUUAAGGCUGAAUGUAUGGUGUUAAGGCUGUAGGGAGACAAAAAGAAAAUGUAAAGAAUUGUAAAACUAACAAAAGUGUUCCAAACACAAUGCUGGGAAAAAAGGGCACAUCUGCUUGAAUAAAUCCAAGGCACAGGAUAGAAAAUAAGUGAUUCAAGCAAGAAAAUAAGGAUAUAGAAUAUGAAAAUUAGAGUGAGGAAAGAUAGUGUAAUGUCACUGAAAAGCAAAGUUGGUUAAUAAGCAGAAGAGAAGAUCAAGAGGAGGAGGACCUAUGAAACGAUACAGGUCAGAAGAAGAAUGAAAGUACCCAUUGGAAGGAUGAGUUCAAAUUGGCAAACACACCCUAUAAAGAAGCAGGGACUUGUACUGCCAACAAUAACCAUUUGUUUUACCUUGUUCCACCACCACAAAUUGAUUAAUACUAUUGCUACCAUUACUACAAGUGUAUUAGAAUAUUAAUUGUAUGGGACUUUGUAACACCAUUGUGGACAAGAAAUAUAUCCAUAAAUUGUU